AGCAAAAUCUACAAAGCAGAGAAUAUAUUGUGUAAAGGUUUUUAAUCGUACACUCAAUUUGAAGACCGACACUGGAUAUUUUUGCAUACAGAUUACAGAGGCACAUAUUCAAGAAUCAUCAUUUUCACUUUACCUGACGUGAAGGUCGGAAAGGACAUUGAGAUGCCAAGGCCAGGUACAAGGAAACUCCGCUCGCAGAUUUUGCGAAACAGCAAACCACCUCAUUAGGAUCUCACAAUCAAAUAAAACCGCUUUUGUUUUAAGAAAUAAUAAAAUUCUUCGCCUCCCAAUCCAACCCAUAUAAAUUUGUGUUUCUUCGCCUUUUUUUGUUUUGUUUUGGCGCACUGUUCAUUGGCGAUUGUUGCAUUAACAAAGCACCUUGCCAUGUCCUCCCUGGUUUACUCUCGGCUUUUGACAAAUCAACUGGUAAGUAAAUUGCCGUCCAUUGACGGUCCUCCUUCCGGAUUUGCAAGAUGCGAGGACAGUGGACCAGCUACGGCAGGAGGAGGAUCGAAAGCUGCAAGGUUGAGGAUUGAUUUGACGUCCACAUUUCUGUCAGGGAACAGAAAUCCUCUGCUAAAGCGAAGGGGAAGUCUGUCCACUAGAUAUAAGGAAAACAAAACCAGAGCUAUAAAAUCCGAGCUUAAAAUCCAGACGGGAGAAUGUGGAUUUGUUUUGGAAGAUGUUCCUCAUCUGUCAGAUUACUUAUCAGACUUACCUACUUAUCUGAACCCUUUGCAAAACAAUCCUGCCUACUCAGCUGUCAAGCAAUACUUUGUUGAUCCGGAUAAUGUGGUUGCAAAGGAUAUUGUUGUUCAAAUAAACAGUCCCAGAGGACUUCAUUUCCGUCGAGCAGGGCCACGUGAAAGGGUGUAUUUCCAAUCAGAUGAAGUGCGUGCUUGUGUAGUGACAUGCGGUGGAUUAUGCCCAGGGCUGAAUACUGUCAUUCGAGAAAUUGUAUGUGGAUUAUGGUAUAUGUAUGGGGUUCGAGAUAUCAUUGGGAUCGAGGCUGGAUAUAGGGGAUUUUAUGCUCGCAAUACCAUUCCUUUAACACCUAAGGUGGUCAAUGAUAUUCAUAAGCGUGGAGGCACUAUUUUGGGCACUUCACGUGGCGGUCAUGAAACUUCAAAGAUAGUUGAUAGUAUUCAAGACCGUGGCAUUAAUCAGGUCUAUAUUAUUGGAGGUGACGGAACCCAAAAAGGAGCAGCUGUUAUUUAUGAGGAAAUUCAGAAGCGUGGCUUGAAAGUUGCAGUUGCAGGGAUACCUAAAACUAUUGACAAUGAUAUUGCAGUCAUUGACAGAUCCUUUGGUUUUGAUACGGCUGUAGAGGAAGCCCAACGUGCUAUAAAUGCAGCACAUGUAGAAGCAGAGAGUGUUGAGAAUGGUAUAGGUCUUGUGAAGCUCAUGGGUCGCUAUAGUGGGUACAUUGCCAUGUAUGCCACACUUGCCAGCAGGGAUGUGGAUUGUUGUCUAAUUCCCGAAUCACCAUUUUAUCUUGAAGGAAAAGGUGGCCUUUAUGAAUUCAUUGAAACACGCCUGAGAGAAAAUGGACAUAUGGUUAUAGUUGUUGCUGAAGGUGCUGGGCAGGAACUUGUUGCUGAAAGUAUGCAAAAUAUGGAUUCCCGCGAUGCAUCAGGAAACCGCUUGCUCCUUGAUGUUGGGUUAUGGCUUUCUCAAAAACUAAAGGAUCAUUUUGUGGAGUGCAAGGAAGUAUUAAACUUGAAAUACAUCGAUCCAACAUACAUGAUUCGUGCCAUCCCAAGCAAUGCCUCAGACAAUGUCUACUGCUCGCUUCUCGCUCAAAGUGCACUUCAUGGGGCCAUGGCAGGAUAUACAGGCUGCACUGUUGGGCCAGUUAAUGGGCGACAUGCUUAUAUACCAAUCUCUCGUGUUACAGAGUCUCCAAAUCGGGUGAAAACAACUGAUCGAAUGUGGGCUAGGCUACUCUCUUCCACUAACCAACCUAGUUUUAUAAACUACAAUGAAGUAAUGGAAGCCAAAAGGAAGAAAGCAUCGACCAAAUUGAUGGAACAGGUUGACAAUCAUUCAAAUGGACCUGUUGGCACGGAACUAGACGCUACAGUGGAAAAUCAGAGUAGCGACAAAAAGGAAGCUAAAUGACUAUUUCUGCUAUGGUUUGCAGGAAAACUAAGGGGAUUUUUCCAGCAGUUUUUGAAUGGAAGCUGAGGCCUUGUAGAUGUGUGCAUUUGGCUGUGUUAUACAACACAUUCUUAUAUAUAGUAGUUGGUUCGCAUGACCAAGUAGUCCAUAUUUACUUAAGAUUUCAACGUUUGUUCAAGCUUUAGAUGGUUAUGUACUUUUUUGGCGGUAUACAAGCCUUGAAUGUAUGUAACAAGCCAUAUUUGGCCUGCUGGACCUAGUUGAUUUUGGUUGGAUAUGUAUUAUGCAACUAGAGGAGCAGACCUAGAACUGGAAAUAAGUGUAUUCAUCAUGCUUUAUAUGAAAAGAUGGUCAUAUUUGGUAUAA